AUGCCCCCGCCCGGCCAGGAGCAGGGCGAGGCCAUCGAGCAGCUGCGGUGCCGGGCGGAGGCGGCGUCCGGCGCGAGCCCGGACACAGGCACGGACCAGGCUGCCGACGCCUGGGCCGGCGAGGCCCUGGCGGCCGCGCAGGAGGCCGUGAACGCCCUGCGCGAGGAGGUGCUGGCCCUCCGCGCGGAGGACAUGCUGGCCUUGCAGGAGGCCAUCGCCGGCCUCUCGGAGGAGAUGUCUAAGGCGCUGCAGAACGACCGCGGCAGCACGGGCGCCGCAGGCGGCGACGACCAAGGCGCGCUGCUCGAGAGGCUGCAGUCCCUGGAGGCGGCGUGCACGGAGAUGGCGGGCCUCUCCCAGCAGCACCACGACCUGCUGCACGAGGUGAAGAGCAGCUCCGACCAGGCGCACAUGGACCUUGGCCGCCUUGCCGCGGAGGUCGAGGACCGUCUGCUGCGGGACGCUAAGGCCUCGGAGGCGGGCCGCCGCU